AUGUCCGAGACUAAGCCUGCAAGCACGUCUCAGAGGAAGCCCUCAACCAACAAGAACAUCAAGAAGCUGCGGACGCUGAGUGCAGUGUGCAACUUGGCAAAGAGCUGGCAGCAGUGGAUAUGCGAGAAUGAGGAGAAGCAAGCCAGCGAGCCCACAGGCUGGGCCCCAGACAGUUAUGGGCCUUGUGAAACCAUCAAGAAGGAACAGACCAAGCCUCAACCUUCUCAGAAGAAAACUCCUCUCAGCCAGGCUCAAAAGCCUCAGGGUCAGGUGAAGGAGAAGAAUGUGGAGGAGAAACCUGGGGAAUCUCGCAUCAAGACCAAGCAGGUGGUCAAGACGGUGACACAAGACUUCCAGGAGAAGAGCGCUGGCAUUGGGUUUCUGACCAACCUCAUUUGUAGGGAUCCAGCAACAGAGGAACUGGACAAAAUGCUGAACAAAAGGAGUUCACCCACACGGCGCAGGAAGUGCUCUAAUAUGGUCUCGGAGCUGACACAGAGCUGGAAAGAGAUGGAGAAGAAGCAGAAGAAGGCCGGGGAAGCUAAUGAGGACAGCCACUCAUCUGAGGCAAAGGAGAGAGUGCUGGAAUUGGACAACAAUUUGGAGAACCUGGAGGACACCAAAGAAAAUGAAGAAGAAUCAUCAUCACUCAAGAUCAAGAGACCAUCAUCACUUGGUUCCAAAAAGGAAGUGGAGGAUGCCAAUAAAAUAAAUGCCCUCUCUACCAAGUACAGCGCUGUGGGGAACCUAAAGAGCCGCUGGCAGAACUGGGCCUCAGAGCACACCAUUAACCAGAAGCUGAACCCUUUCAGCGACGAUUUCGACUAUGAGUACUCCAUGUCCACGCGCCUACGGAAGGGCGAGGAGGGUUACGGACGGCCCAAGGAAGGCAGCAAGACGGCAGAGAGGGCCAAGCGGGCCGAGGCACACAUCCAACGUGAGAUCGAACACAUGUGCUUCAUCAUACGGACCAUGGCUGACCCGCACCCGGACGGUUACACCCGGGUCACCUUCGGUCAGCUGUUUGACAGAUAUGUGCGAAUCUCAGACAAAGUAGUGGGCAUCCUGAUGAGGGCCAGGAAGCAUGGCAAAGUUGACUUUGAGGGGGAGAUGUUGUGGCAGGGCCGGGACGAUGAGGUCAUCAUCACGUUACUUGUGUGACACAAGGAAGCACUUUUUGUGACAUCAUGCACUCUAAAAGUGAGGAGAGAGGGGAUUGAAUUUGCUGCUACAGAUAAGAUAUAGACAAAUAUGUACAGUGAGCACCUUUUUAUAGUCUCUGGCCUUUUUAUCAGUAUCUACCAUAUAGGUCUAAGUAUACACUG